AACAAUGAAGUUAUCGGGAAUUCUAUGCAACACAAUAAAGAAAACACCUUUAUAUGAUUGGCAUAUUGCACGUGGCGCUCAAAUGGUUCCGUUUGCUGGAUGGUCCAUGCCGCUUCAGUAUAAAGCUAUGGGACAGGUUGAUGCACACAACCAUGUACGUAAACAAGCAGGUUUAUUCGACGUAUCACAUAUGCAGCAAAUUAUCUUAAAACAACCAAAAUCAUCGAACUUCAUACAUUCCAUCUUACCGGUAUCUUACAACCAGCUGACCAACACAGGGUCAUACAGCCUCAUAUUAACCGAGGAAGGCGGUAUAGUUGAUGACUGUAUACUUACUAAAUGGUCAGAUGAAUCUUGGUAUUUAGUUACAAACGCAGCUAGAUCGAAAGAAGUUGCAAAUUGGUUAACCAACCAGCAAGGAAGAUACCAAGAUGAAACUGGAGAAAGUAUCAGCAUUGAUUAUUUAGAAUCUAAGAAACAAGCUUUGUUAGCGUUACAAGGACCGAAAGCUGCAGAAGUUCUCGCUAGACAUUCUGAAACAUCACUUAAGGAACUUUAUUUUGGCAACGUCAGUCAAAAUCUCAGAUUAAGUGGUGGUGCAAACGUACACAUUGCUAGAAGUGGUUACACAGGUGAAGACGGUUUUGAAAUUUCAGUAGAGGAGAGAGAUGCUGUAGCUAUAGCUGACAUGCUCGCCGAUGGCAACCCAACAAUCCCAAUAGGUUUGGGUGCCAGAGACAGUCUUCGUUUAGAAGCCGGUUUGUGUUUAUACGGUAACGAUUUAUGGGAGAAUGACCUUACCGUCGGUGAAGCCGGAUUAGCAUGGACAAUAGCCAAGGAUAGGAGGACUGAGGAUCAAGUAACUAAAUUCCCAGGAUGGGGUAAAGUUAUACCAUCAUUAAAAUUAGCUAAUAUGUCAAAAAGACGUGUUGGUCUCACCGUUGAAAAAGGUCCAGCGGCUAGACAAAAUGCAUCAAUAUUGAAUACUAAUGAAGAGAAGGUCGGUCAUGUAACUUCGGGUGCACCUUCGCCAACUCUCAAUCAAAAUAUCGCUAUGGGAUAUCUGCCAAAAGAAUUCGCAUCUAUCGGUACAAAAGUGUUGGUUGAUAUUAGAGGUCGUAAACGCCAAGCUGAAGUUGUUAAAAUGCCUUUCGUCGCUAACAACUACUAUCGCGAGGGUAUGGGUAUAUAGAAAAUUAAACAUGUACAACUUAUAGCAUUAUCCCCAUGCAACUGAUGUACUUUUGAUUUUGUUAGCAAAAGAAGAUAUUGAAAAGUAAACAAACCUAUAAUUAACAAUCAAAUGUCCUUCAGUUCCAUAGCAUUUGUAUAAGUUUCCAAUUGUAUCGUCGGGUGUAGGUGCAAAAGCACUAUUAAUAUAACAGAACUAUUGAAUAUUCAGCUAAUUAGUCAUAACCAUACUUCUAUACUAACAAUUGGACAGUUCGAAUUU